AUGUCGCUGAAUCUAGAUGUUUCCAACGCGGCGGUAGUGAAGGAUGAGCAAGGUCGGCCCUUCAUUGUCGUUAGAGAUCAGGGGAAGAAGAAGCGCCAGUUUGGCAACGAAGCUGUCAAGUCACAUAUCCUCGCUGCCCGAACGGUCGCCAACAUCGUCAAGACAUCACUCGGUCCUCGCGGUCUCGACAAGAUUCUCAUCUCACCGGACGGCGACAUCACGGUCACGAACGAUGGAGCCACCAUUCUCCAGCAGAUGGAUGUCAGCAACCACGUUGCCAAGCUGCUAGUGGAGCUGUCAAAAUCACAGGAUGAGGAAAUUGGUGAUGGCACAACGGGUGUUGUUGUCCUCGCUGGUGCCCUCUUGGAGCAGGCUGCCGACCUCAUCGACAAGGGCAUUCACCCUAUCCGUAUUGCCGACGGCUACGACCAGGCCUGCGAUAUUGCUGUCGCCGAGCUGGACAAGAUCUCAGACACGAUCGAGUUUACAAAGGAGGAGACUACCAACCUGCUCAAGGUCGCACGGACGAGUUUGGGAAGCAAGAUUGUCUCCAAGGCUCAUGACCAGUUCGCCAAGAUUGCUGUUGACGCGGUUCUGUCGGUGGCUGAUCUUGAGCGCAAGGAUGUGGACUUUGAGCUGAUCAAGGUUGACGGCAAGGUCGGUGGCGCUCUCGAGGACACCAUUCUUGUCAAGGGUGUGAUUAUCGACAAGGACUUUUCUCACCCUCAGAUGCCCUCAGAAGUCAAGGAUGCCAAGAUUGCAAUCUUGACUUGCGCUUUCGAGCCUCCUAAGCCCAAGACCAAGCACCACCUCGACAUCACAAGCGUAGAAGAGUUCAAGAAGCUGCAAAACUACGAGAAGGACAAGUUCAUAGAGAUGAUUCAGCAGAUCAAGGAUACCGGCGCCAACUUGGCCAUCUGCCAGUGGGGUUUCGACGAUGAGGCCAACCAUCUACUGCUCCAGAACCAGCUCCCCGCUGUUCGAUGGGUUGGCGGUCCUGAGAUUGAGCUGAUUGCCAUUGCAACCAAUGGCAGGAUAGUGCCUCGCUUUGAGGAUCUGAAGGCUGAGAAGCUGGGUUCUGCUGGCAUUGUCAGAGAAAUGUCUUUCGGAACAACAAGGGAGAAGAUGCUGGUUAUCGAGGAGUGCGCCAACACCCGAGCUGUGACUGUUUUCGUACGAGGAAGCAACAAGAUGAUCAUUGACGAGGCUAAGCGUUCUCUCCACGAUGCUCUCUGCGUUGUAAGAAACUUGGUAAGGGACAACCGAGUCGUAUAUGGAGGUGGUGCCGCAGAGAUCGCCUGCUCCUUGGCAGUAGAGGAUGCUGCAGGCAAGACUCCUGGUCUGGAACAGUAUGCCAUGCGCGCCUUUGCUGAGGCCUUGGAUGCCGUCCCCAUGGCCCUGGCCGAGAACAGCGGUCUCAACUCCAUCUCAACCCUGGCAGAGGUGAAGAGCCAGCAGGUCAAGGCAGGCCCUGAGAACAAAGGAAAGCUUGGUGUUGACUGCAUGGGACGGGGCGAUAACGACAUGAAGUCCGCUUUUGUCAUUGACCCGUUGAUUAGCAAGAAGCAACAGCUGCAGUUGGCGACACAGCUGUGCCGAAUGGUUCUCAAGGUUAACAAUGUCAUUGUGUCUGGCGCUGAUGAUAACGAUUUCUAA